AUGAUCGACCUCACCUCUGACGCCGAGGACGCAGAGCUGAGGGACGAGCCAGAGGUGGCCCCUACGCCAAGCCCCGCCGCCCCAGAUACGACGGUGGUGGCACCUACCGCCGCUACCGGAGUGGGGCUUGACGGCAUGUCCCCGGCCCAGCCGGCCGGAGGCGCGGACCCCGUGGCCGCUCAGCAAGAGAUGACUCCUGCCGGGGGCGAGGACCCUCCACCAGACCCGCAGUCCACGGGCGCGAGCGUGGAGGAAGGCGUGGUUGGGGUGCAGCAGGCGGCUCCCCUACAAGGGGACGAUGCUCCUCCCGGACAAACCAUGGCAGCGGGGGUCUCAUCCUCGUCCGCCGCUACUUCCAGCCCAGACCUCGGCAUCCUUGCCAGGGCGACUUGGGACCCAAUCACCUGUGACCCAAGUAUCUACGAUCAGGGGCACCAAUUCCUUGACGCCAUCAAGGAGCAGCAACUGGCGUUCCUCACCUCGUUCAACAAGGUGAGGGCGCACCACGAGCUCGCGAAGGGCCAGCUGCGCGAAGUGCGGAGAGAUGUCGAGAGGGAGCGGCAGGAGCUCCCCCGGCUAAGGGAGGAGACCCGCCUAGCUCGGCAGGCCAAGGACGAGGCUGCAACGCCGGUCGUUCCCGAGGCAGAGCUCCACCAGCAACUGCAGGCCCAACGCGCUGAGCACCAGCAGGUACUAGACUCGCUAGCCACGGUGCGGGAGAAGGCCAACAAGGAGCACGAGGAGGUGCUCGCAACAGCUCAAGCUCGCCUCAAUGAGAAGAGUGAACUGGUCAGCAGCUACUCCUCCCAACUCCAGGCGCUGCGCACGAAGCUGGAGGAGCAGGCCAAGGCUGCGGAGGACGCGACAGCACCGUCAGCGUGGCGAGAGAAGGAGGUCAAUUCCGCCAAGGAAAAGAGCGCCCAUCUCGAGUCCGAAUUGUCCACCGCCCGGGGUGAGCUCAUCAAGAUGGGCGAGGACAAUGUGAGCAAGGCCAAGGAGAUCGCGCGGCUCGCGGAACUCCUCCGCAAGUUCUGUACUUGGAACGCCUGA